AUGAUUUUAUAAUUUUUAUUAUAUACAUAUAUAUAUAAAUAAUAUUAAUUAUAUAUAUUAUAUAUAUUUUUUAUUUAUACAAAUAUCUAAAAAUUUAUAUUUAUAAUUAUUCUCUAUCUUUUGGUUAUAUUAAAAUAAUUAAAAAAAUAUUAAAUUAAAUAUGAAAGAUUAAAAAUAAUCUUAAAAUAAAGAAAAUACUAUAGCAAAUUAAUCCAAACUAAACAAUUAAAAAACUUCAAAACCUACAACACCCUAGUACUCAAAGCUUACCACUAAAAAUACUAAUAACAACUAAACUAAAGAUCAAUAAAAAACUAAUAAUUAAGUUAAUAACACGCAAAAUAAUAAUUCUAAUACUAAUACUAAUACUAAUACUAAUACUAAUAAUACAGUAACUAAUAAUAUUAAUAAUAACAAUAAUAAUACGACACCAAAAUCAGAAAAAACUUUAUUAAAAAAAAUCCUCUUCCUAAAUAAAAAGCUAUUGAAAAAAAAUAACCUAUUAAAAAAACUAUAAAUUCCUCAAAACAAUCUAUAAAACCAAUAACAAAAUCAGUCAAAUAGGUAACCUAAAAAAUAAUCUCAAAAAAUAUGAAAACUACUUAAGAAACUACAAAAAAAGCUUUGUUCUUAAUAACAGGAAAUAAAAACAAAUUGCUUGAAUUUUAAUAAAUCCUAACAGCUAAGAAUAUACACUUAGAAUCCUAAAAUAUUGAUUUGCCAGAAUUAUAAGGAAAAGAUUUAGAUAUUGCAAAAGAAAAGGCUUUAAUUGCUUUCUAAAAAAGUAAUAAAAAAUCUGUUUUAACUGAAGAUACAUCUCUAUGUUUUAACGCUUAUAAAGGACUACCUGGACCCUAUAUAAAAUGGUUUUUAGAUUCUAUAAAACCAGAAGGGUUGCACAAAAUGCUCUCAGGUUUCGAUGAUAAAACAGCUUAUGCUUAAUGUAUCAUAACAUACAUGAGUAAAGAAUUAAAAGAGCCUAUUUGCUUUAUCGGAUAAACACCUGGUGUUAUUGUAUUUCCUCGAGGAGAUAAUGCUUUUGGAUGGGAUCCGAUAUUCUAACCAGAUGGAUAUGAUAAAACAUAUGCUGAAUUAUCUAAAGAGGAAAAGAACAAGAUUUCUCAUCGUUUUAGAGCUAUAGAGAAAAUGUUAGAAUAUUUUAAUAAAGAUUAAUGAAUAAAAAUUAAUAUUUAUAUUAUAUAUUAAAAUAUAAAUAUUUAAUAAUAAAUAUAUAGAC